ACGAGCGAAGAUAGUUACGAGUUCUAUCGUUGGCGGACAUGCGUCACCGGUGAAUCGACCAACUUCCUUGUGAACCGUUUUCAACCUCGGCGAUUGUCUGUUGUUCUCUGUGUUAACAAUAAACGUGGCCGAAGAUAGUAUAUAAACGAUGGUAAAGAAUGGCACACGUGAACGUAAAACGGUUCGCGAAACUACGACGAUAACGAUGACUACGACGAGUAAUAAGAGACACGUGUCCGCCUCCUCGAGAAAGCCGAAGAAAGGGAAUCGGCAAACGACGGAGAUCGAACAACGGAACACGAACAAGAUUGUGUUCCGCGUGUUACUUCUCGUCUCGUGCCUCAAACUACUUUUGAUUCCUACAUACCGAUCCACGGAUUUCGAAGUACACCGAAACUGGCUCGCCGUAACCUACAGUUUACCGUUAAAACAAUGGUAUUUGAACACCGAGUCGCAAUGGACUCUGGAUUAUCCGCCUCUGUUCGCAUGGUUCGAGUAUCUGCUCGCGCGUCUGGCAAAAUUUGUGGACCCCACGAUGCUCAACAUACAGAAUUUCAAUUACGCGUCUACGGAGACGAUCCUUUUCCAGAGGGGUUCCGUCAUUCUUCUAGAUUUAGUGUUCGCUCAGGGAGUAAAAGAAGUCGGCAAAGUAUUUUGUUCCGCUUACGUCGAUCAUGUUAUCUUCGCUGUAUUAUCGCUGUGUAACGUAGGAUUGUUGGUAGUGGACCACGUACAUUUUCAAUACAACGGAUUCUUACUGGGCAUUCUGUUGCUGGCCAUCGCGAACGUUUCCAGAGUCAACGAGCAGUCUUCCAUCCUCCAGGGAACGUUCUGGUUCGCCUUGUUACUCAAUUUAAAACAUAUUUAUCUGUACGUGGCACCAGUAUUUGCGAUAUGGUUGCUCAGAUCGUAUUGUAUGAACGGCAAUUCGUUGUUCAAGCGACUGUUUGCGCUUGCAAGUAUAGCUGUCCUCGUUCUGAUCGUUUCUUUCGGUCCGUUCUUGUCGCAGUUACCGCAGGUGUUUUCGAGAUUGUUCCCGUUUAAAAGAGGGUUGGUGCACUCGUAUUGGGCAGCGAACGCCUGGCCGUUGUACAUAGCCUUGGACAAAGCGCUAACCAUGUUGAUGAUACGCUUGGGACGGCUGAAACAUGUAAAAUCGGCAGUGAUGACCGGUGGAUUGGUACAAGAACAGUCGUUCUCAGUUUUGCCGACGCCCAGCCCACUUCUAACAUUCUCGUUCACUCUUCUCUCGAUAAUUCCAGCUCUGUACCGUUUAGCGUCUGACAAGGAGUACGCGACGAAUCGACGACAGUUUCUGCGGUGCCUCGUUCUAUGUGCCUUGGGUUCGUUCAUAUUCGGUUGGCACGUGCACGAGAAGGCUAUUUUAACCGGCAUCGUACCAUUAUGCGUAUUGGCCGCGAGUAGCAUAGACGAUGCCAGAGUUUAUUUGAUACUGAACAGUUCCGGACAUACCGCGCUCUUACCGCUGCUCUAUCCGAACGAUUUGACUCCGCUCAAGAUACUGUUACUAGUUCUCUACAUGAUCGCGUCUUUUAUCAUUUUUUCCCGAAGAUUCAAGCAACACGUGUUGCGUUCUUUCGAAUAUUUGUACGUCAUCAAUUUACCAUUGUUAGUCGUCUACGAAACUGUAUUGCACAAAUUAAUAUUCGACGAGCAAUUACCGUUUUUACCUUUGGCCCUUACUUCGAUCUACUGCUCGAUAGGAGUCAUUUACUCUUGGAUACUUUAUUAUUGUAUGUUUUUACGGUGCAAUUCGACCAAUGUUCAGAACUCUCAAAGAAGUAAGGUGGAAUAAGAUCUGUAUUUUCCGCUGUGUCAAGUGUAAAACUAUUGUGAAUGUGGAUAAGUGAACACGCAAGUUUACGUUUGUGUGUGGAUACGUCAAAAUAAAAACAAUUUUAACCUACGUCUGGAUAAAUAGUUACCGAUGUAAUUUUAUUUUGAAAUUGAAUGUAAAGGGAAUGUAAAAAUACAGGAACAGUGUAAAUUAUAAAAAUAAUAAACGUUAUUCGUUCAUUG